AUAAUGCAUUCAUAUGAUAUUCCUACAGAAAUUUUGACUCCAAGAUUCUUAGAAGCAUGUAGAAGAGAAGGCUUUCAUGAAAAAGAAUUAAUAAAAAAAACUAAAAUUCAGGUGAUAUAGAUAGUAAAAUAAAAAGAUCCAUCGAUUACUGAUGAAUUUAUCUGUGAAAUAGAAAAACAUUUGGAAGAAAAGAGAAAAUAAAAAAUUGAUUUGGUUAGAGCAUAAAGAUAGAAAAUACUUUAAGAGAAUGGAACAAGAAGUUAAAGCAUGCAUAAUCAAUCUUAAUUGAAUUUUAGUUCAAUAAGUUAUGCAGAAAAACAAUAAAAAUUAUUAGAAAAUAUUAAAAGAAGGUAACAAAUUGAAAUUGAUAAAAUGAUUGAGUAGGAACAACUAAAAGAAUAAUAGAAUAAGGAUGUUCAAUAGAAAUUACUAAAAUAAUACUUAAAAGAGUAACAGUUUUAGGAAGAAUUGAAAAGGAGAAGAGAGUAUAAUGAAAUGAAAAAGUAACAACUUGAAAAAGAAAAGUUGAAAAAGGAAUAAAGAGAAAAAUAAAUAUAGGAAUAAAAGAUAAAAGAAAAUGAAAUUAAAGAAUAAAAAAGGAAAUAAAGAGAGCUUGAGAGUUUAUAGAGAUCAAAGUUAGAAGCAGAAUUUAGAGAGAAGGAUAGAAAAUAAAAAUAGGAUUAAAUUUUAAGAGAAUAAGAAUAAUUUUAAUUUGAAUAAUAGAAAUUAUAGGAAUAAAAAAAGCAAUAAAUAGAAGAGAAAGAAAAAAAAAGAUUGUAAUUAAUUGAGUUUAAGAAUGAAGAGAGAAAAAAGUUUGCUGAUUUAGAAAGGAAGGAAUUUGAAUUAAAAUUAGAGAAGGUAAGAAGAUAUAAUGAAGAUAUGAUGGAAAGAAAAAGACAGGAAUAUUUAAAAAGAGAAGCUUAGGUAGAGGCAAAAAGAAAAGAUUUUGAAUCAUUUUUAGAUUAUGUAAAGUAGCAGAAGUAAAAACUAAAUAUAGAUAAGUAGAAGUAAAUAAAUAAAAUAUUGGUAAAAAAUGAUUAAAUCAUAUUUAGUAAUUAAAUCUUACAAAGGAAGAAGAAAAGAGAAAAAAGUAUGAGACAAAAUAAAAUGAAUAUUUAAAAAAGAAAGAAUUAAUGGAUGAAUUCUAAAGGUAACAAAUGGAGGAGAAGAUAAAAAAAUAUGAAGAAAAAGAAAAGAAAAUAAAAUUAAUAUUGUUUAAUAAUGAAUUUAUGCAAGAAUAAUAAAGGAAUGAAUUAUAGAAAAAAUUGAAUAAAACUUAGGAAAAGCUGAUAAAUUUAACUAGUAGAAAAGAAUUUGAGAAUAAGUACAGGUAGAUGUAUAUAGAAUAAGACUAGAACUGCUUAAUAAAUAAUAAAAGAAAUUGACACUGAAGAUAAUAUUAGAAGGAUGGAAUAAUUAAGUGGGUAUCGAAGAUUGAAAUUAGAACAGAAAAUUUUUAAAGAUGAUGAGAAAUGUUAAUAGUUAAGAAAGGAUAGAGAAUAAAUAAGUAAAUUGGCAGAAUAGAUGAGAAAGGAAGCGGAUGAAAAAAGGAAAUUGUUUAUAUUUGAUUAUGAAAAAAGAAAACGAAUGUAAUCUGAUGGACUUACAAAGAUGAACUCAUCAAUGGGAUAAUGAUUAGAUUAAUUCAAC